ACAAUUAUUUGAAUAAAAAACUGUCAUAAGUUAUUCCUAGGAUAAAGUCACCUGCCUGGAUUUUUCUUAAAUUUAAAUACUUUUGAUCUAUUAUUAUAUACAGUGUUAGGAUUAGGAUAGGGUGAAAACACCAUAGUUACUUCGGAAAUUAUAGCAAACAACAAAAAAAAAAAGAAAAAACAUGAAUAACUUAUGGUAUGGCUAUUCUGACGGGGUAAAUCCCUAUUCCUUCUCCUAUUCCCCUUACCCACUAACGGAUGCUUUUGCUGUUCGGAGCAAAGCAGCACCGCCGUGAUGCUUGGAGCUCGGCUCCAGCGGUUCGUGGCAACUUUCGAAACCCUAAACCCUAACUUUGGUUUCUCAGUUUAAGAGAAGGGAGUAAAAAGCUCUUUCUUUCCGCCUCCCCCCACCCCCAAACCCCGCGUUUCCUCUUCGGAACUUGGCUUGCAAUCGGUCAUUCUGGGUUCGAUGCACGAGAAACAAUAGGAAUCAGUCGAAGAGCUCAUCACUCUCUUCUCAGAUUUUUGGUGCUCUUUCGCUCUUUCUAUGGAUUCGAAGAGCUUAAUCGCCCACAGGACAAUCCAAUUGGCUCUCUGUUUUGUGUCCCCUUCGAAAUGGAGACGAAGAGGAGGAAAAAGGGCAGAGAGAGAUCAAAAUGUUGACCUUGGUUUCGCAGAGGGGAACUGGCGACACCUGGCAAGCAUUAGCAGUCCUGCAGUGCAUGUUGUCAUAGUAGUUCAUUGCUAAGGACAGUGGAAUCUUGAUCUCAGGAACAUUGUUGUUUGUUGGGGAGAAUUCUGAUUGAUGGAAAACAACCCAAGUACAUCAGAGAAGCAGAUUGCUAUCCCAGUUCCUGCAGAAAGCAUGAAGGUUUCCUCAAAUGAACUGAAGGAACCCACCCCAGACGCACCAGAGAAGCAGAUCUCUAUCCUGGUUCGAUCAGAGGGCACAAAGGAAUCCUUAGAUGUACCAAAGGAAACUGGCCCAAAUACACCAGACAACCAAAUUACCGUCCCUGCUCAUUUGGAAGGAAACAUGAGUUCCUUGGAUGUACCAAAGGAUGGAAUGCCCCAGAAAGACACCAAAGCGGAGGAGAUUAUAUUGCCAUCACCACUGGGGAAACCACGGAAGACAGGGUUUCAUGUCUUCUUCAUGAACAUAAGAUGUGUCUACAAGUUGGAUGAGCUAGGGUCAGAGAUUAUGCGGAUCGCAAUCCCUGCUGCACUGGCAUUAGCAGCUGACCCACUGGCUUCACUAGUUGACACAGCUUUCAUUGGCCGACUAGGAUCAGUGGAGAUUGCUGCUGUAGGGGUUUCUAUUGCCAUAUUCAAUCAAGUUUCAAAAGUUUGCAUUUAUCCACUUGUCAGUGUCACAACAUCCUUUGUAGCAGAGGAAGAUGCCAUCAUUGGCCAGGGCAUUGAAGAACAGCACAGCAGAGACUUGGAAAAGGCCUCUCCUGUAACUACUAAUGAGAAGGAGUUGCCCCCUUGCAAUGAUUCUGAGAAGAGAGGGUGCACUGUAUCGUAUAUUUCCAGUGAAUGUACAAAACUAUCCAGGCCACAGUGUAACCGAAAAUAUAUUCCAUCGGUUUCUUCAGCCUUGAUUGUUGGUGGAGUACUCGGGCUGCUUCAGGCUAUGUUCCUUAUUCUUGCAGUAAGACAGGUCUUAAGCAUCAUGGGUGUAAAGUCUGGCUCUCCUAUGCUAACCCCAGCAUUACGGUACUUAACGCUGAGGUCACUUGGCUCUCCUGCUGUUCUCUUGUCUCUGGCCAUGCAAGGGGUUUUCCGAGGAUUCAAGGACACAAAAACUCCUUUAUAUGCUACUUUGGUGGGAGAUGUGACCAACAUCAUUUUAGAUCCAAUUCUGAUAUUUGUUUUUCACCUGGGAGUCAGUGGUGCAGCCAUUGCCCAUGUUAUUUCUCAGUACCUUAUUACACUAAUACUGUUUGUAAGACUGGUGCAACAAGUUAAUAUCUUGCCUCCUAGUAUCAAGGCCCUGAAAUUUAGCCGAUUCCUUAGAUGUGGAUUUCUGCUACUAGGAAGGGUGAUAGCUGUAACAUUCUGUGUGACACUAGGAGCAUCAUUGGCUGCACGCAAUGGACCAAUUAUUAUGGCAGCAUUCCAGAUAUGCUUGCAGAUUUGGUUGUCUACUUCUCUCCUUGCUGAUGGACUGGCUGUUGCUGGACAGGCAAUACUUGCCAGUGCAUUUGCAAGAGGGGACCUUCACAAGGCAGUGGCUGCUACAGCUCGUGUAUUGCAGUUAAGCAUUGUACUGGGGAUGGCUCUCACACUUCUGCUAGGACUUGGACUCCAGUUUGGAUCAGGAAUUUUCACAAAAGACAUUAAUGUGAUACAAAUAAUUCAUAAAGGCAUUCCGUUUGUUGCUGGUACACAAAUGCUCAAUUCAUUGGCCUUUGUCUUUGAUGGCAUCAACUUUGGAGCAUCUGAUUACACAUAUUCUGCUUAUUCUAUGGUUGCUGUUGCUGCUGUUAGCAUUCCAUGCCUGGUAUACCUUUCUUCAACUCAUGGAUUCAUAGGAAUAUGGACUGGACUGACAAUUUACAUGAGUCUAAGAACAUUUGCCAGUACCUGGAGGAUGGGGGCAGCAAGGGGACCCUGGACAUUCAUCCGGAGAUAAUUUACCCUUGUCAUGAAGAUCGUUUACUUUGUUUAAAUAAGUCAUGUGGCAUAAACAAUAUGUGUACUAUGUUUACAUUAUUGGGUUUUGCUAUAGUAUUUUUUUAAUAAUAUUUUAUUAUAAAAAAUAUUUUAGAUAUUUCAUA